UCACAAUCGUAUUAGAAUACAUUUAGUUGUAUCUGUUGAAUAACGCCGACAGUCACCAUGGAAUCUCAGGUAAUGGUGCUUGGUGCUGCCGACUACGUGGUAUUUGCUCUGGUGCUGCUCGUGUCUGCAGGAAUUGGAAUCUUCUAUGCAUUUUCCGGAAACAAACAGAAAACAACGGGAGAGUUUCUUAUGGGUGGAACACAGAUGAAGACUGUGCCCCUCGCCAUUUCCAUCCUAGUGUCCUUCAUGUCCGCCAUCUUGAUUCUGGGAACUCCAGCCGAGAUGUACCGAGAAGGGACGCAGUACUACCUGUACACGUUCGGCUUAAUUGGAGCCAUUGGUGUGUCUACAUUGUUGUACGUUCCCCUUCUCUAUCCACUGAAGUAUACAAGCUCAUUUGAGUAUCUCGAGAAACGGUUCAACUCCCGCGCUGCCAGGCUCACUGGGACCAGCAUAAUGAUUGUCCAACAAGUGAUCUAUAUGGGCGUGGUGUCGGUUGCUCCGUCGACGGCUCUAGAAGCAGUGACCGGGUUUCCGACAUGGGCCACGAUAAUUACGAUCGGUCUCGUAGCCACCUUCUACACGCAUCUUGGAGGAAUGAAAGCAGUUGUAUGGGCAAACGUGUUUCAGGGCGUCGUGAUGCUUGCUGGAGUACUGGCCAUAAUCAUCAGGGGAACGUAUGCUGUCGGCGGGUUAAGUGAAGUGUGGAGAAUCAACGAAGAGUGGGGUAGGAUUCAGUUCUUUGACUUCAAUCCCGACCCUACCGUGCGCCAGUCUUUCUGGUCACUGGUCAUCGGAACAGCCAUAGCCUGGUCCCACACAUACGGACUGAGCCAGGCCACUGUCCAGCGGUACUGCGCGCUGCCCACGCUGCGACAGGCCAGGCUGUCGGUGAUUCUAAACAUUGUCGGGGUGAUUCUGUUGAUGACCUCUGUGUGCCUGGCAGGGAUCAUCAUGUUCGCCUACUACGCCCAGAAAGGAUGUGAUCCCUUGUCAGAUACCAAAAUCAGCAACCCGAACCAACUGAUGCCUCACUUCGUGAUGGAGGUGCUUGGUUAUCCCGGUCUCCCGGGACUGUUCAUCUCGUGUCUCUUCAGUGGAGCACUCAGCACCAUGUCGUCGUCUCUCAAUGCUCUGUCUGCCGUGUGUUGGGAGGAUUUCUUCAAACCAGUCCUUGGAGACAGACUCACAGAAGCUCAGGAGACACUCAUCACCAAGCUGCUUGUGCUGUUCUUCGGUGCCGCGGACAUUGGUGUGUCUUUUAUGACCAUGCACUUGGGUGGGACAAUCUUACAGGUGUGUCUCAGCUUCACGGGUGCAGCAACUGGACCGAUGCUCGGCUUGUUCAUCCUGGGCGCGUUCUUCCCGUGGGCCAACUGGAUUGGAGCAGUGGUGGGCGGUGUGCUGGGAUUGGUGUUCCCUCUCUGGAUCUCUAUAGGAGCUUACACCGUUGUAGGAACACCGUCUAGCCUUGAGUACCCCACGAACAACUGCAGCGUCCCCAACAGCACCAUCUCCAUGGCGACAACAAUGUCCUCAAACCUUACAACAGUUCAAGGUCCUGUCGAGUAUACUGGUAUCUCCACCCUGUACACAGUGUCCUAUCUUUGGUAUCCAGCUAUUGGUGCUGCCACGGUGGUUGGCGUGGGUCUACUAGUGAGCGCCAUGACAGGCAUGAACCGUGUCGGUGAUGUUGAACCAAGGUUUCUGGUACCAUUCCUGUACCGCCGCUGUCUCCCGGAGGUUGUCAGAACCCCCCGCCGCUGUCUCCCUGAGGUUGUCAGAACCCCCCGCGGCUGUGACACGGAGGGAUCUGGCCCUGAUGACAAGGAGAAGGCCCCAGCUUCAGGAUAUGUGAGCCGUACACGAUGUUGCUGA